AUGUCGUUUUUCGUUGCAGCUCACUUUGACUCAAAAUCCGCCGGUGACCUUUCAACUCUGUUUGAUGUCGGAGGAAUUUUGGGUGGGAUCCUCGCUGGGGUGGUGUCGGACGCGAUUGGGGGCCGUGCCACCACCUGCGGUGUGAUGCUUCUGCUCGCGGCGCCCAUGCUGUUUGUCUACAACAGCGUCGGGUACCAGAACAUGCCGACCACCAUAGGGAUGUUGGUGUUGUGUGGGGCGCUGGUGAACGGCCCCUACGCUCUCAUCACCACCGCCGUCUCUGCCGACCUGGGAACGCACAAGUCUCUCAAGGGGAACGCGCGCGCUCUGCACACGGUGUCGGCGAUCAUAGACGGCACGGGGUCCAUAGGCGCAGCGCUGGGGCCUCUCCUCGCUGGCCUCAUCUCGCCCUUGGGCUGGGACAACGUCUUCUACAUGCUCAUGGGCGCCGACGCGUGCGCCUGUCUGCUGCUCAUCCGCCUGAUGUACAAGGAGAUCCGGGGUUGGUGUGGAUGCGUGGAGGAGCAGCGAGGCUACAAGGAGCACUGAGACGGCCAUUCCCGUCCCAGCCCCCCUCCGGCCAGACCCUUGGACCCCGCGGGCCCCCCCCCCCCCCCCCACUUCCCCGCAUCGUCUCGCGGCUGAUGUCGGUGAGGAACGCCGCUCUAGGUGGUUACAACCAAGAAGGAGGAGACUGGUCCUCCCCCGACUUCAAUGCAAGAGACGGAAGAAAACCGUUCCUCGAAAUAAUUCCUCAAGGGACGUCUCUCCAAACGACUUGAAUUCACUCAUCUCUCCACUGGGUCGGCCUUUCGCUUCUAAACACAGGGGCGGGGCGGGGUGGGCCCUCCGUGGCACGGCGAGUGGCUCGCCGCGCAUCUCUUAUCCCAAAUGUAUGCUCGCACAAGUUUAUUUCUUAGAGCUGGACUCGACAAAACUAGAGAUGUAUACUGUAUAUAUACACACACACACAGUGGAUUGUUUUGUGCGGUCAUUGUGGACCAGGCUGAGAACCACCGGGUCUGCGCACUGCAUAGCAGCAGUCUCUGCAUAGCAGCGGUCUCUGACCGCUGCUAUGCAGAUCUAUGAUACGGUUCUCCAAUUUUACUGUUUUCAUUCGUGAAGAAGCCAAGUACGAAAUCAUUUCAAGAUUAUUUAAAUUUGAAGUUGCGUUUUUUUUUUUUACUCGGGCUGUCAUUGGUGACGCUAACUCUCAGUGCGUUGUGGCUGUGGCAGAUGCAUUGAAGUAUUGACGAUGGGAGCCCCAGUUAAGUUUGGCGUAACUGAAUAAAUCGAUGGUUGUGUUCACCGAUUGCCAGUCCUUUGGAUGGAGUCGAGUUUGUCUAGAUCAGCUCUGGUGUACCUAAGCCCUGAACCGUGCAUAAACAUUCCGAAUUCGCCUCCUUGUCAAUUAGCCGCCAUCCUAAACGAGUGAAGUCGCCUGAUGUGGUGUACGGCCAAGCUGUAGACACUCGAUGCACCAUACACACUUUCUAUAAUGAAGCAGUCUGCUGGACAGCACCGAUAGUAACGGUUUGGGUCUAUAGGACUUUAAACGACGUGACACUGCCAGUGUGAGGUUCACCAUCCUUAAUGUUUCAUCGUCAUCAGAGAUAAACAGCUCAGCACUUCUGUCUGAGCCAUGAGAAUAGUGAGACGCUUUGUUCCUUUGAGGCUCCGACCCAUGAGCUUGGGUGGGAAGCUUCGUUACGGACUCGACACACGAAGGGGAGAAUUGUGGCUCCCUCCCAACCAACCAAGAGGCUGCAUUUGCCAGCCAAUUGGAGAUCUUAGGAGUUUUACAUUUUAUUUAUGAUUUUUAAUGAGCAGUGUCUUGAGACCCGAUCCCAAAACCACAGGAUUAGCAUCGGAUAAUUAUCUUCUUCGGAAGGUCGUAAAUGAUUUCUUGAGACUCAGCCCUGGAUCAACAAACUUGUUUUAUGAUACGUUUCUCGAAACCUGGCCUCUUGAUGCACGCUAUUACUGGCUGGCCUCAUGUUGUGCUGUUGGUUUCUAAUGAAGGUGCAUGAGUUUGGUGUCAGUACUUCGAAACGAUCACAGUGGCCUUGCUGUGCUGGUUAUCUCCAACAUGGGUGGAACACGUGCUGGACUCGUGUGUUUCGCGUCUCGUAGAAGUGCCCGCACGGCAUUCUGGGUACCCGUGCGAGCUGUUUGUGUUUCCUGCGUCUGCUGCUUGGUUGGGGCGAGAGGAGCUGGGCCUCCGUGGAGGAUCCGAUCGAGCACGAGCGAAUGCGUCGUUAAACUCCUCGCCUUCAAGCUAGAAUUGACAACAGAAAACCGUGUGCGUCAUCGUCACGGCACCGUGCCACUUUCGUAACAUGACUGGCAAUUUGAUUCGAAUCCCGGUCCGCUGCUAUUCUAUUGUAUAAAUAGAUGAGGGGAGACGGAUGGGAUUGGGGCAGCCUUGGGUGCUGGGCCCCAACCACCCUCCUGUGUGCAGCGCUGGAUUUAAAAGGUGCUCGCUAACAGCGUUUGUAAUAACCAACGUUCUGACCACGUGCACACGCGCGCGUGUGCACACUCCACUCGCGAACGGGUUUUAAAUUCAGGAUGACGUUUACACAGUUCUUUGAAAACUACAAAUUUGUGCAAUUUCGUGUAGCUUCGUGUUGGUGUGGGGUUUUAAUGACGACAAUAAAUCUUCCCGGAACACUACACAGAAAUGUCACCUCUUUUUGCGUCCAGAAGCGCGUCGUCUCUGCUCCACGGCGGCGCAGCAGAUUGGGUGGCUCGUGUUACACUGCACCGGGGAAUUGUAGAAAACGGGACACGCCAAAUUGUUAGGCUGCAGAGCAGCAGAAGGCGCCGCUCGUAAAGAAUGCAUUGUUGAAAUCUCAUGUACAUAAAUAAUGGCAUUUGUCAAGGGAUUUGAGGACUCUUGGCGAUGUCUGUGCGAGUGUGUGACGGCGAACCCGUCAGUCUGUUUCCCUCCCACAAACUCGACCCGAAUUGAAAGUCCCUGGUUCAGAGUCGAAUUCAAAAAACAAGAAACAAGCCACCAGGCACAGAUUGAAACACGACCAGAAAAGUAUAACGCUAUAAAGUGUUGUAAGCCACGAUAUAUUGUUUGUGUAAAACACCAAUAUGCACGUUUGCCGGUCAAGAAACGUGACGAGCAGAGUAUGGUCGAUAUGCAAGAAGAACCAUACCCGUCCGUGCCUGUGGGCACAUUCUACUUGAUGCCCUGCUUUGAUGUCUUCAGACAAACUUGGCUUCCAGUUGUGUGUAAUGUGAAACCAAGCUGGCCGUGUGCGGUAGGGAAAACACGCUUCCGCGUGCAAGCGAACGCCUCUUGCAGUCUGGUGUUCUCUUUUACCGCCCGCUCGGGUACCCGUUUUAUGAAUUGACUGUGAUUUCGUGAUUUUUUUUUCCAUUAAAAAAAGUAAAACUUU